CCCAAACUCUUGUUUCUUUGUUUGUAUAAAACCACAAGCUCUCCGAAUCUGCCACCAAAAACCUUGUACGACUCCAAUUCAGGUGAACGAACAGCAGAGAUGUUCCAGGAAGCGCCGCCGUGUUGGUCGUCGUCGGCUCGGUGGACUCGAGCCGAGGACAAGCUGUUCGAGCAGGCGCUGGUGAGCUUCUCCGAGGACUUGCCGGAUCGCUGGGAGCGGAUCGCCGAGAUGGUUCCGGGCAAGACUGCCGAGGAGGUUUUGGAGCACUACGAGACUCUCGUGCAUGAUGUCGUCGAAAUUGACUCGGGCCGAGUCGAGUUACCGAGUUACGCUGAUGACUCGGCGGCGGCUGGGGUCGGGUGGGACUCGGCGAGUCAGAUCUCUUUUGAUGGUUGCAAGGCUAAUAAUACUAAUAACAACGCCGCCAGUGAGGCGGCGGAGAGGAAGAAGGGAAAGCCAUGGACUGAAAUUGAACACAAAUUGUUUCUGGUAGGACUAAAGCAAUUUGGUAAGGGUGAUUGGAGAAGCAUUUCAAGAAAUGUAGUUGUGACGAGAACACCCACACAAGUGGCUAGUCAUGCACAAAAAUAUUUUCUUCGCCAAAGCUCAGGUAAAAAGGAAAGGAAAAGAUCGAGCAUUCACGACAUAACCUCAGUAGAUACAAACUCGGUGCCUGCGCCCGCUGAACGCAAGUGGAUUCCUUCACCUCCACCUCCACCUGGUGAUCAAGAAUUGCCAAGUUCCGGCCAUAAAUCAACAAAUAAUUGCAAUCAGGAAGUUGUUCGCUCUUUGAUCAUGUCAAGUCUCCUACGGUUUUUCAAACAAGAUAGAGAAUAAAGACAGCUAUUGAGAGGUAUCGUCACUUCACGAUGACUAGGAAUCAGAGGGGUGGACUGUUACUGAAUCACAUACGAAACCAGUAAGAAGUGUACAACGAGAUCACCGGGAAGUUCUGCGGUUAAUGUAAAACUAGCGGUCUUGCAGUUGUACUGUUGUAGACUAUCUCAAGAUCAGACUAAGCUAGCCGACCAUUGCAUAGAA